GUAAAUAACUUAACAAAUGUCAUUUGAAAACAUCGAAAACAAUAAAAUAUGCCCAAACUUUUUCGCAGUUUUUUCUCCGAUCGCUAUAAUAAAAAGCACGAGCGCUUCUACGACAAAUAUGAAGCCAUAUGUCUAGCUAUACCCAAUAUGCCUCCCAUGCCACGCCCUCCCGUAUACCAAGGCAAAGUCAUCCAUGCACCGAAAUCUGUGGGUGGAGAGCACAAGCUCGGCGGCAAGAAAUUUCACUAUGGGAGUGGGGAACCCAGCAACGAUUGGCGCGCCGGCGAUAAUGUGCCCAUUGUGGAGCGCCGGCGCAUGGAGGAGGCCGGUGAUAUACAGCUGAUGGACAUUGAAUUGAAUCCGAGCAGCGAAUUCAGUCACACAAUAUGGGAAGUGGAGCUGCCGGGAGAGGAACUGAGCAUAUUUGCAGACAAGAAGCCAGUGAAGAACGGCGGCACCAAUCUUGGCAGAAUCAAAAUGCUGACCAAGGCCAAAGGACGACGCAAAAAGACGGAUAUCCAAAAGCGUGCCGAGCAACAGCUGCAAUCGACGGCACAGGCCAUGUCCACCAGAUCGCCGAGAAUGUUGCCCAACGAACAAGUCAAACAGGAGCUGGUCAAGAAGCCUACGGAUCGGCGGCGUCUCAAGCAGCCGGGCGAGCAGUUCGUCUGCGGCGAUUGCAACAAAAAAUUCGAUCAUUCCUGGAUGCUGGUGGCACAUAAACGCACCCACACGGGCGAGAAGCCCUUCGUCUGCCCAGAGCAGAACUGCCAGAAGUCAUUUGCUGAUCGCUCCAAUUUGCGCUCUCAUCAGCGCACCAUGGGUCAUCAUCGCUGGGAGUUCCAGUGCGGACAGUGUGGCAAGUACUUUAGCCAGGAGUGCUAUCUGAAACGACAUUCCUUGGAUGCCUGCCGCAAGUAUCUGCUGUCGGUUAGGCUAAAGAAAACUUGAGCUACAGUGGUUAAAAGAAAGUAUUUAAUAUAAUAUUGCAGCUAUUUCAGAAUAUAAAUUCUUUUCAUAACAUUUCUUCUG